AUGGGUGAGAAAAAUAUGUCAAGAUUUGAUCUUUAUGAUAUGAAAUCACCAAAUCAUCAAAUUACAAAUUACCAAGAGCACUCUGCUCAUUCUAAAGGGUUUGUAGAAAGGAAGGCUGGAGCAGCAGCUAACAAAAACCUAUUUAAGAUCUUACUGACACUACCAAACAGAGGUAACAGGAUUUUGGCUUUAAGUAUCAUCUUGAUAAUAUAUCCAGCUCACGGAUGUCCCACCAAAUGUGUAUGCCAUACAGCCUCAAAGACUGCAGACUGCAAGAACAGAGGAUUUACUGAAAUUCCUGCCCAUUUACCUCCUGACAUUCAGAUAUUGCUGUUGCAGAAUAACCGCAUUUGGAGAAUAAACCCAAAUGCAUUCACUGGAACACCACUGCUCAAAAUCUUAGAUUUGUCUAAUAAUUCUCUCUCAAGUUUGGCACCGGGUGCUUUCCAAAAAUUACGGUAUCUACAGGUUCUAAACCUAACCAGAAAUUUGAUUCAUUACAUAGAAAACAAAACUUUCAGUUUCCUCCCACACCUAAAAGAAUUGGACUUGUCAUCCAACAGCAUUGUACGUUUGCCUGAGAGUUUUGGAAACAGCACAGGGAAUAUAACAUUGCUGUCUGUGAAGCACAACAAACUUCAGAAAAUGGAAAGAGUUCUGCUGGAGUCACUUCCAAACCUGAAAGUGGUUCUUUUCAAGGAUAAUCCCUGGCAAUGUAAUUGUAAUGUCUUUGGCUUGAAACUGUGGCUGGAGAGCUUUUUGUACAGAGGAGGAAUAAGCGAUGGCAUUAUCUGUGCAGCACCAGGCAUUCGGAAGGGAAAGGACCUCCUCAAAGUUCCUUAUGAGCUGUUUGGGGCAUGCCCUCUAAGAACAGCUCAUGUUCACCUGGCUGGCGUUCACCACCACAGCUUUGAGCACAGAAGUUCUCUGAAGCACACUCAUCACAGUGAGCACGGGGACUACAGAGGAUCCAACUGUGAACCCAAACCCAAGCCGAGGCCCGUUAGUUUGCGUCAUGCAAUUGCCACUGUAGUAAUAACUGGAGUAGUCUGUGGAAUUGUGUGUCUAAUGAUGUUGGCAGCUGCUGUUUAUGGUUGUGCCUAUGCUGCAAUUACUGCUAAAUACCACAGAGAACAUUUGGCCCCAGUCAGACAGCACGGGACUCUUGAGGAAAAAGAGCCAUUUGAUAGUUCCUUGGCUUGA